AUGCUGGCCUCGAAUUCAGGCCGCCACUGCACCAAAAACAUCGAGCGUCGGGCUGACGCAAACAUCAGACGCCGAGCUUACCUCAUUGCCGGGGAGGCCAUCCAGUCGCCGGAGCCGACUCGCUUCACAGCCCAGCCCCACCUAGCCGCCGGGGCAGACCACGCCUUCAUCUCUGACCUCAGCCACGGCCGACAUGCCCAAAUCGCCGACCUCGCCGGAGAAUACCAGACUACUCAACAGACUGAUGACUGCACGUUGCUUGUAACCCUCUCGCGAGCACACGAGGUAUUUCCAAAUAACCGUCUUGUCACGUGCUUUCACCAACGUGCUAUGCCUCACAUAAAAUCAAACGGUAAGAGCAUAAGUCUUGUAGAAGUUCACCGCUUCAUGUAA